GAUUCUCCGUCCGGUCUCUCCCGGGAGAUCACCAGUGCUCUGUCUGCCGUCCCAGGCUUCGAGAUGGAGCCGUUCUGCUCGGAGGACCGGCUUCAGAUGGAGCCACUAGCGCUGGAGGGUCUGAUGCUAGCUGACGGAGACCUGCUGUUGGCGGACCCGGCGGUGGAGGACUCCUUCCGCUCAGACCACCUCAAAUGACGUCCGAAAAACCAAAAAACUGCAGGACGUGAGUGUGUGAACGUCCGAACGAGACCAGCAUGCGGCACUACGGGUCGAGCGCCGGCAGCUUCAGUCUCAGCCGCAUGCUAACUAGCCCUUUAACCCUCUGCGCUUCUCAGACCAUCCACUUCCUGUUACAAGCAUCGCCGCAUGAUGACUGAUGGCAGCGCCAGGAGCUGAACGUUUAUCCCAGCAUGCAUUGGAGCACAGCAGGUGAAUGCAGGACACACACACACACACUUACUGCUGAAGCCUUCGCCGUUUGGCUCGUGAUCAAACACUGUGACACUUUCGCAACAUGCAGCCAAUCACGCGAGUCUGGGGUGGAGCCAUCUGUCUGACUGACCAAUGACAGAGAGAGGAUUCUGUUUGUGUUCAGAAUAGCGCACUGCAGUAUACAGCACACGCAGAAACCACAUCCCAUAAUGCACUGUGCGCCAGUUAUGCUGGAUUCACAUCAAAUGCAGAUUAUUUAAUGAAGACAGCCCACACAGGGCAUGUUUCAUAGGCUAUUUUGAAGAAGAACACGUUUUGUUUUCAGCUAGAAAGCAGUAAAAGAGGAGCGACGGUGUUCUGAGAUAUCCCGACUGCCAGUGUUGGGGUAACACAUUACCAGCAGCGCGAGUAUUACUUUAAUAAGUAACGAGUAUAGUAACUUUU